AUGAGCCGACAAGAGGCAGAUCUCAAAGUUAGCAUCAAGAAGGCCUGUUCCACCGAAGAAGCUGCUCCAAAAAGAAAACAUGUUAGGGCGUGUAUUGUGUUUACCUGGGACCAUCGCUCUAGUAAAGCGUUUUACAACGGAUUGCGGUUACUUCCUAUUCAGAAUGACGAGAUACCGCUUUUCAAAUCAUUGAUCACGAUUCAUAAAGUACUUCAGGAGGGACACCCUUCUGCGAUCAAAGAGGGAAUUAAGAAUAGAGACUGGAUUCAAAGUCUUGGGCAUGUGUUUCCCGGUGACGGAAUGAAGAGGUAUGGCCGAUUGAUUCGUGAGUACGAUAGAUAUCUCAUUCGAAAGAUUGAUUUCCACAAUAGUCACAAAGGAUUCAACGGUACGUUUGAGUACGAGGAGUAUGUAUCACUGAAGACUGUAAGUGAUCCUAAUGAAGGUUAUGAAGCUAUUAUGGAUUUAAUGGUACUGCAAGAUUCGAUAAACGACCUUCAGCGACUUCUGUUUGCUUCCAUCGACAGCUCUAGUCAUUCUGAAUUAAAAAUCAGUGCUUUAGUGCCCCUUAUUGCUGAAAGCUACGGAAUAUUUAAGUUUAUUACCUCAAUGUUAAGGGGAAUGUGUCACUCUUUAGGUCACGACGAUGAAGCAUUGCAACCUCUGAUUGAACGUUUCAUAAGCCAGUAUUCUGACUUGUACGACUUUUAUGCCGAAUGUUCGUACGUUAAGUAUCUCACCAGUUUGGUGAACAUCCCCAAACUGCCGUUUGAAGCUCCCGAUCUAUUCAAUUGGGACGAAACUGACGAGCUGAAACCUCGAAUCCUAGCGGAAGAACCAUCUCUUCAGGUUUCUAGUAAGGCACCAUCUGAAGAAUUUGGUACGCCAACCGAGGUGAUUCAUUCACAGCCGACUGCAGGCACGGAUCUUUGGGCUCAGUCAAAUGCCCUAAAACAGCAAUACGAACAAGAACAGCAACUCUUGGAGCAGGAACGUCAGCAACAGCUCCUCGAGCAACAGCAUCAACAGCAACAGCAGCUAGAAUAUUGGGAGAAACAAAAGGAGCUUCAAGAGCAACAACAGUUGUAUGCACAACAGCAGCUGGAAAGUGACCAACUUCAGAGACAAGUUCAAGGACGUGUUGGUGAGCUAGAACGUGAUUUACUGAUUUUAAGAGGACAGUUUGACAGAGAUCAAUUAAUGCUGCGGCAGUAUGAUGAGAGGGUAAAGGCCCUUGAGACAGAGCUUUCUAGCACUACGCAGAAUGCACAACAACAACUGGGGGCGAAGGAGGAGCUAUUAGGCAACAUACAGGAGCAGGCUGCCCAAUGGAAAUCCAAAUAUGAUUCUUUAGCAAAGCUUUACUCCCAAUUGAGAGAAGAACACCUGAAUCUUCUUUCAAAAUUCAAAACGGCACAGUUAAAAGCUUCGUCUGCCCGAGAAGCAAUCGAUAAGAGAGAAAAAAUUGAGAGAGAUCUCAAGGCUAAGAACAUAGAGUUGGCAGAUUUAAUCCGUGAAAGAGAUCGUGCCAGGCUAGAUCUUGAACGAUCAAAGAGUGACAAGAAUAGUGAAACUGAAAGGCUAGAGGCUCGGCUUCGGGAACAGGAAACUAAGCUGGCCGACAUCGAGAAAUUACACUCUUCGGAGCUCAAAUCUUUCUUGAGUCAGCAUAACAAGGAAAUAGAGGAACUGCAAAAUCAACUGCAAGCUUCUUCUUUGUCAGAAUCUGCAAAUGAACGUCUCAAAGCACUGGAAGCGCAGUUACAAGAAAAGGAUGACGAGUUAGCAAUUGCACACCAAACAAUGGAGGCAACAAUUAAAGAGUUGACAGGGCAACAAAGCAUUCAAAAUUCUGCUAUAGACGAACAAAUUGACGCUAUUCUACUGGAGCAUAUUGAUAAACUAACGGAAGUUAUCGAUGCGAUCCUAACAAGUGGAGUGCAAAGAAUUCAAGAUGGUCUUUUCGAGCUGGAUUCUCCAAUGCAAGCAGGAAAUCAGAAUUCAUCCCCGGAGUACUUGUCUUCUAUUAUCGAGAAAUCAUCAAAUUUGGCCACUGAAUUCACUUCAAGUUUUAAUGGUUUCAUCGCAGAUGGCCCUAACGGGGAUCAUGUAUCGGUUAUUCAGACAAUAACCGAGUUUACAACAUCCAUUGUCGAUCUAUUACUUAACUGUAAGGGAGUCGUAAGAUUGGCUUCGAGUGACCAGGAAGCGGAAGCACUUCUUAAUUCGGCCCGUGAUGUAGCCGAAGAGUCUGAGUCUUUUAUCGUUUCAUUGUAUUCUUCAUCAUUAAAGGGGCUCAGCGACCAAGAAAAGACAGAUAAGGCUAUUGAGGGAAAUGUGGACAUCCAGCAGGAAUUGCAGACCCUUUCUUCCUUAGUAGAGAAAUUAAUAUCGUCUCAAGUUAACAUCAAUGUCAACGACAAUGUCGGAGAACUAGUUGACAGAGAGAUGGCACAUGCUGCAGAAACAAUUGCUAAAGCCUCUGAUCAUUUAACGGAUUUAUUAACGAAUGCGAAACAAGAUAUUUCAACCAUCGAUAUGAAGAUUAACAAUUCUAUUCUAUCAGCUGCUAUUGCAGUGACUAAAGCUAUCAUUCUUUUAAUUAAGACUGCUACUGAUUGCCAGAAUGAAAUUGUCAAUCAUGGCCGCGGUUCAAGCAGCCGCACGUCUUUUUACAAGAAACACAACAAGUGGACUGAAGGGCUUAUCUCUGCCUCCAAAUCGGUAGCAUACUCAACCAACUCUUUGAUCCAAAUUGCUGAUGGUGUUUUAUCUUCAACAAGUUCACCAGAGCAGCUGAUCGUUGCCUGUAAUGACGUGGCUGCAUCUACAGCUCAAUUGGUUGCGGCAUCUAGAGUCAAAGCUAGUUUCAUGAGUAAGACACAAGACAAAUUAGAACUUGCUAGCAAAUCGGUGACCUCUGCUUGCAGGUCUUUGGUUCGUCAAGUCCAGGAAAUACUCUCACAAAAAGAUAAAGAGGAACUAGAAAUUGACUACAGUAAGUUAUCAGCGCACGAAAACAAGACGGUGCAGAUGGAGCAACAGGUUGAAAUUUUAAAGUUGGAAACUGCUCUACAGAAUGCGCGAAGACGUCUUGGGGAAAUUCGACGCUUUGGAUACCAUGCGGAUGAAUAA